CGCGCUGUGCGCGAUGGCGUCAUCGCGUCGCGGCCGACGACGUCGCGCCCCGUUUUCUUUCUCCGUAGUAACCGGGUAGAGAGGGAGGAAGGUAGCCGAGGAGGGGGGGAAGGAAGCCGCGCGAGGGUCUGACGAGGCGGCGGGCGACGUGCCCUCCUGUCUCCAGCCACAGCCGUCGGCCCUUACCGAGGAUUUAAGACAAAAUCCUUCCAGGGCUGCACUUUUCAUUGCAUUCAUUUUACACACAGAAGUAAACCUACAGUGUACUCCUAGGACAGCACCUGCGCAGCAUUAAACAAUGUCCUCAAAUUCCAGCAAACGCAUUGCUGACACCAUGAAUUGGAACAAAGGUGGCCCUGGCACCAAGAGGGGCUUUGGUUUCGGUGGCUUCUCCAUAUCCACUGGGAAGAAGGAAGAGCCAAAACUCCCUCAACAGUCCCACAGUGCUUUCGGAGCCCCUGGUUCAGCUGGGUUUGGAAAGACACCACCACCACAGCUGCCUUCUUUUUACAAGAUUGGAUCAAAGCGAGCAAACUUCGAUGAGGAGAAUGCGUACUUUGAGGAUGAGGAGGAAGAUUCCAAUAACGUUGACUUGCCAUACAUUCCCGCUGAGAACUCCCCCACUCGGCAGCAGUUCCAUUCCAAACCACCUGACUCAGACAGCGAAGAUGACCCACUGGAGGCAUUCAUGGCAGAGGUGGAGGAUCAAGCUGCUAGAGACAUGAAGAGAUUGGAAGACAAAGACAAGGAAAGAAAAAAUACAAAGGGUAUACGCGAUGAUAUUGAAGAGGAAGAUGAUCAAGAAGCAUAUUUCCGUUACAUGGCAGAAAAUCCCACUGCUGGCGUGGUUCCAGAAGAGGAGGAGGACAACCUGGAGUAUGACAGUGAUGGCAAUCCAAUAGCACCAUCCAAAAAAAUCAUUGACCCUCUUCCUCCUAUUGAUCAUUCAGAGAUUGAAUACCCACCGUUUGAGAAAAAUUUCCACGAUGAGCAUGAAGAAAUCACCAGCCUCACCCCCCAGCAAGUGGUGGAGCUGCGCCACAAGCUGAAUCUCCGGGUCUCUGGAGCAGCUCCUCCAAGACCAGGAAGCAGUUUUGCUCAUUUUGGUUUUGAUGAGCAACUUAUGCAUCAAAUUAGAAAAUCAGAAUACACUCAACCCACACCUAUCCAAUGCCAGGGUGUUCCAGUGGCCCUGAGUGGGAGAGACAUGAUCGGUAUUGCAAAGACCGGCAGUGGGAAAACUGCAGCCUUCAUUUGGCCUAUGUUGGUUCACAUCAUGGAUCAGAAGGAGCUGGAGCCAGGAGAUGGUCCCAUCGCAGUGAUUGUAUGUCCAACCAGAGAGCUGUGCCAGCAGAUCCACGCUGAAUGCAAGCGCUUUGGGAAGGCCUACAAUCUACGCUCCGUAGCAGUGUAUGGUGGAGGAAGCAUGUGGGAGCAGGCCAAGGCUCUGCAGGAAGGAGCAGAAAUUGUUGUCUGCACCCCAGGCCGUUUGAUUGACCACGUGAAGAAGAAAGCAACCAACCUUCAGAGGGUCACUUACCUUGUGUUUGAUGAAGCCGACAGAAUGUUUGACAUGGGUUUCGAAUACCAAGUCAGAUCGAUUGCCAGUCACGUGCGCCCUGAAAGGCAGACUCUACUGUUCAGUGCAACUUUCCGGAAGAAGAUCGAGAAGCUCGCCAGAGACAUUCUAAUUGAUCCAAUCCGAGUGGUGCAAGGAGAUAUCGGAGAGGCAAAUGAAGAUAUCACUCAGAUUGUGGAGAUCUUCUCCUCUGGCCCCAACAAGUGGAACUGGCUGACCAGCCGCCUAGUGGAGUUCACCUCUUCGGGGAGUGUCCUCCUCUUUGUUACCAAGAAGGCAAAUGCAGAGGAGCUGGCCAACAACCUUAAGCAGGAGGGGCACAGCCUGGGUCUGCUGCACGGUGACAUGGACCAGAGUGAAAGAAACAAGGUCAUCUCGGAUUUCAAGAAGGGGACCUUCCCAGUUCUGGUUGCUACGGAUGUGGCAGCUCGUGGUCUGGAUAUUCCUUCCAUUAAGACUGUGAUCAAUUAUGACGUGGCCCGUGAUAUUGACACCCACACCCACCGAAUUGGCCGCACGGGGAGAGCAGGAGAGAAGGGCGUGGCCUACACCCUGCUGACUCACAAGGAUAGCAACUUCGCUGGAGAUCUUGUUCGGAAUUUGGAAGGAGCCAAUCAGCACGUCACAAAAGAGCUCUUGGACUUGGCCAUGCAGAAUGCUUGGUUCCGGAAAUCACGUUUCAAGGGAGGGAAGGGCAAGAAGUUAAAUAUUGGCGGUGGUGGACUGGGGUACCGUGAGCGGCCUGGCCUUGGAUCAGAGAGCGUGGACCGUGGGAGUAACAGUGUCAUGGUUAACUAUGAGGCAUACAAACCAUCCUCAGGAGCAAUGGGGGACCGGUUGUCUGCAAUGAAGGCAGCAUUCCAGUCCCAGUAUAAGAGCCAUUUUGUUGCUGCCAGCUUUAGCAACCAGAAGACGGGCAGCUCUUCAGCAGGUGCCAGUGGGUGGACCAGUGCUGGCAGCUUAAACUCCGUGCCAAGCAACUCAGCACAGCAGAACUCGGCAAGACCCGACAGUCCCAUGGGCAUGGCAGGCAUGCCAAAGGGCAUGACAGGCUUCACAAGCGCCGGAAACUUAAACAGCGUCCCCACCUUCCCGACUCCUGGCGUUCAGGGGUUCAACAGUCCGAACGCCGGCAACAGCAACAGAGAGGGCAGCAGCGGAGGUAGAGAAAGGUAUGGCGACAACCGGGGAAGCGGUCGCCACGGCGGCGAUGGCCAGCGCCACGGCGACGGGAGCGGUCGCCAUGGUGAAGGCCAGCGCCACGGGGAAGGCUAUCGCCACGGGGACAACCGCCACGGGGACAGCCAUCGCCAUGGGGAAAGCCGACAUGCUGGCGGUGGGAGCAGCAGCAGUCGCCACGGGGAAAGCCGGAACAAUGGGGACAGCAGCCGGAACAGCGGCGAAAGCAGAAGCAGUGAGACUAGGAACACUGAGAGCAGGAAAGAUGGCAACAGCAGGGAGAACAACAAGGCAGAUGGAGGCAGUAGUAGGGACAACAACAAGACAGAUGGCUUUGUCGUUCCGGAGCCCCCAAAGCGCAAGAAGAGUCGGUGGGACAGCUAAGAGCCCAGCAAAGUGGCAAGGUGCCCCUCUCGGUCACUCUCCAGAGGGCCUUUCUGCGUGGCUACUCAGAAGCAUAGCAAUGGACAGCAAUGAUCCCCAAACCAAGCCUCGGCUGGUGCGUCUGCAGACAGCUUCACUUCAGUGGCGCGUCAGUGUUGUGCUUUGAUCAAAAGGAAAGUGUUCCCUUUCUUGGAAUUCCUCAGCGCUCUGACUUUUAAAAAUCCGUCCAGCUCGAGGGACUUCAAAAGAUUGAUUUCACCCACCAAGAACAAAAGAUCUUUGAGAGUGUUUCUUUUUUAACUGAAUGUUUCCAGAAAGAGGCUUUGAACUGGGUAGGUUUGUUUUAUUCAGAUCAAUGUGAACUUGUACACUAACCCAUCUCCCAGUAAGUGGCAUGCCUGCUACAUCAGCCCUAUUCAGUAGCCCUCUUUUCAUCCCCAUUGUCAUUAUGCUUUUACACCUUCGUUCGCCGCUCGCAAUGGCCAUCUGUGCCCAGGCACAACCACCAAGUUCCUGUUUAUAUGAUUUUGCAUGUAUCCAGCAGUACAAUGAGACGUGUAAAGUAUCACAGGAAAACACAGUAGUUUCGACUGGGUCACUGUUGGCCAUUGCAAGCAACAGAUACAGGAAAAUAAUGGUCUCUUGGGAAGGGGGGGGGCUCACAGUUGAUCUUGCCCAUCUACACACAAUCCUGCAUGGAAAUCAUAAUGUUCCAUUAUGACUUGUGCCAUUUCUGCAAGUAAUCUUUUUUUACCCUUAUCAUUUGAUGCAUCACUGCUGAGUAGCUUAAAUUCUCCUUAUUUGGGGAUUGGUGAGCAGGUUCUCAGGCUUGACUCCUGAAUCUCUCUUUUUGUCAGUUGUCCACAGUUCAGGUAGAGAGAGGACAGGCCAAAGGUUAAAUCAUUUCAUUCCUCCUACUCCCUUGUUAGUAUCAGCAUGCUAAUAGCCAAUAGAGAGAGGUUGAGAUUCUGUUCCUAAGAGUAGUGGGGAGAUGGCUGUAAAUAUGCAGGUGAUGCAGCCUGCAAAUUUGUCUCAUUCUUCUCCAUACCUAAGUCAGGUAUGAUGAGUUUGGCUGGAGCUAAAGGAUUCCUUCUGCCCAGUAGAACAGCAUACAUGUGUACACACACACACACACACACACACACACACACACACACACACAUGGAGACAGAAUGAAUGCUAACCUUCCCCAUGCCAGUCUACAUUUUUACACAAUUCACCAUCUUCUGUGUUCUGAAUGUGUCCUUGUGGGAACAAAGACCGCUUGGCAAAGACUAGCAGAAUCUCAGGUUGCCUAGACUGGAGCUCCUCUGCCUCCAAGAAUGAUCCUUGUGUCUACUCAUUUUGGUCCCUGAACAUGUGUACUGUAUGGGCAACAGGAGCCACAUUAAGCCUGAAGAGGAUACACAAAGAUGGGCCAUGGAGCCACAAGGAUAUAGCCUGCCCACCGGCUGGCAAGAUGAAAAGUGUCCAUUUGGGUGGGAUCUUGUGUAGAUAGCUUUGUGAAUGUUCCAGAAGUUAUUUCCCCUCCCCCCCCCCUCACCACCCAAGGGUGAAACAGGCUUGGGGAGGGAGAUCUUUCUUAUAUAGCAUCAAGUUAAUUGUGAUUGGGGGCUGAACCAGGAAGAUUUCAAACUUUGUAAGUUUGAGACUGGCUGCUGAAGAAGCAUUUUUGUGCAGCAAUGUUGGAAGCGGGACUUGUCUGAAACAAUGUGCUGCUUUUCCCCGAAAUGGUUGUUUCGCGCACACAUCUGGAAAGAAGCAAAUGUAAAAAUAUUUGGUUUUUGGGUUUUUUUAACAGUGUGUUCUUGGGCUCUUUAAUCAGAUUCUUUUUUCUUUUUCUUUUUUGCCAGAGUGGUAGAAAAAUCUUGUUUGCUGAAAAUAGUUCACUUCUUGCUUCUCAUUUUUAUGAAGAAGUAUCUUGAAACUGUCAGGAUUCUGUGACAUGCUGUUCCCUUUACUUUCCGCUUUCUCUUCUAGUAAAUGUUUUAUUACAAGGACAA